UUCAUUUUGUGGCUCCCCCCCCUUGUUGCUUGAAACGACCAUCUGCUUCACCGGUCGCCCUCCGUCGCCCAUUCUUGGCUCCAGCCGUUUCCGCAACCGGACGGUUGCCGGUUGCGGACGCCCGAACAUUGAAGAUGAUGAGGUGGGCCCCGCUGGCCGCGCUGGCCGCGCUGGGCCUGGCUCGAAAGCUGGACUACCAUGAGUCGCCUCUUGCGAAGGUCGUCCACUUGUUGGAAGGGAUGGAGGCCGAUUUGUCGAAGGAGGCCGCCGAAGACGAGGCGACCAACGAAGAGAUGAAGCGUUGGUGCAAGACCUCCGAGGAGAAUCAGACGAGCCUCAUCACGGACUCCACGAGCCUCAUCGAGACACAAACCGUGGUCGUGAAGGAAAGCACUGCCAUGGGCGACCGUCUCACCUGGGAACUGCGGAACUUGGCGAAGGAGAUCGCCGCUCAUGAGGCCACCUUGGAGAAGGCGGACGUCUUGCGGCGCGACCAGCGGGAGAAGUUCGCGGAGGAUUCCAAGUCGCUCAAGGAGAACAUCGACGCAGUGGCCCAAGCCUUGGCAGCGGUCAACGGAAGCUCGUUCCUGCAAUCUCCGGAGUCUCCUGCCGUGACGAGGCUCAAAGAGGUGGUCAUGAAGCACUACGACAUGAUCAAGACCAAGAGUUCUCGAGCAGACCGGAUGCUCUUGGAUGACUUCUUGAAGGACCCAGGUCACUUCACCAAAGGCCUCGGCUUUCUGCAGAAGGCUCAGGUGGGAGGUCCCGCAGAGACUGUGGCAGGCAUGCUGCAGGCAAUGGUGGAUGACUUCCAGAUCGAUCUCAAGGAGGAGCAGGAUGAAGAUGGCAAGCUGGAGAAGAGCUACCAGGCCUUGGUGACGGCGAAAAGCCAGGAGGUGUCGGCCGGUCAAGAGCAAGUCACACUCAAGGAGCAGCAGAAAGCCGAUGCCAAGCAAAGGGUCAUCACUGGUAAGGAGGACAUCAGCGGUGCGACCACCGCGAAGGCGGAGGCAGAGAAGUUCCUGGCCACGGCCAGGGCCAAGUGCGCCCAGAGCGCGGAAAGCUUUGCCCAGCGCUCCGCGCGCCGUACCGAGGAGCUGACAGCUGUGACGAAAGCGCGGGAGGUGCUGACAGGGGAGGAAGCAAAGAUGCUGGAGGCCAAAAGCAAAGCCAAAGCAACGUCUUUUCUCCAACUGAGCUCUCGCACCUUCUCAAGUCCUGCGGCUGAGAAGCUGCUGGUUGCAGGGCACACGUUGGGCAAGGAGGAGCUGGUGGUCCUGGGCCUCAAGUUGAAGGCUGGCAGCUUGGACAAGGUGAAGGAAGCCAUCGAGGGCAUGCUCCGCGCGUUGAAGCAAGAGCAGAAGGACGAGGUCACCAAGAACAGCGCCUGCACGCAGGACUUUGAGGAGAAUGCAGCUUCCACGGAGCAAAAGCAGCAGCAGAACGAGAUAACGCAGGGGAAAAUCCGUGAGUGGAAGGAUGAGGCGCAGACCGUGGAGGAGGAGAUCGGGAAGCUCAAGAAGGAGGUCGAAGACCUCCAAGAACAGCUUCAGGCAGCCCAAAAGACUCGUGCCAAGGAGAUGAGCGACUUCGCCGACAUGGCUGCGGACGAGCGCCUCACGCAGAAGCUUUUGGGACAGGCGCAAGAAAUCUUGGCGGAGGUCUACAAAGGAGUCUCCUUGGCUCAGGCCGGUAGUGAAGUACCCAGCGAUGCAGUCAUGGAGAUGUUGGAGCAGGUCCAAAAGAACUCCGUGCGACUGGAGGAGGAAGCACAGGAAGGCGAUGAGGAGUCCCGAAAAUCUUUCGAGAAACUCGCGGAGGAGAUGAAGGCGGAGAUCAAGAGCGCCACCAAGGACAUCGGGAAGAAGUCGAUCGUGAAGGCCACACUGGAAGGUGAUGUGGCGGAAGCCAUGCGGAAGAUGGGCUUGACCGAGGAGGAGUUGCAGACCCUCGCAGCGACCAAAUCAGCGCUGCACGCGUCCUGUGACUUCGUGGUCAAGAACUUUGAGACGCGCCAAAAGGCUCGAGGUGCUGAGAUCCAGGCACUCGAGGAGGCGAAAACCAUCCUUUGAAGCACGAACUUCAUGGUUGUGUUCCAUUCGCCUGACCGAGAAGAGGAACAAAAAAAGCUGGAGAGUCCUGCGGAUCGCGCUGCCCAGUCCGACGUGCGCACGGGUUAAGCGAUCGCCUCCCGUGGAUCGCCCAGUCCGAAGGACCUUGGG